GCAGAUCACGUAGCGACAGUACAUUUGAUGCAUUACUUUUGCUUUCGGUCGGGUAAUAUUUCAGUCGAUCAAGAUUGACGUGAGAUCGCGACGUCAUCACGUCACAAUUUCAUUGAAACUAGUUUUCGGAGCGGGAAUGGUAUGAAGACAUAUCGGUUUCGAAAAUCAAGAGAUUGUAAAAAGUUUCGCGUAUCACAAUGCCGCCAAGUAGUUUACGGGUAGUGUACGCGUUCGCAAGAGAAAUGCAUCCGAAAACGACCGAUGUUUUCAUACAAUACGGCACAGCCGGAUUUCGCACAAAGGCCAUCUUGUUGGAACAUGUGGUCUACCGCAUGGGACUGUUGGCUGUUAUCCGGUCCAGGGUGAAGAAUGGGCGCACAAUAGGAAUGAUGAUAACCGCAUCGCACAAUUUGGAGCCCGACAACGGUGUGAAGUUGGUUGACCCUGACGGUGAAAUGCUGGAGGAAGAAUGGGAGGCUCAUGCGACGAAACUGGCUAACGUCAGUGACAAUGAUUUGGAGGCGACGACGAUGGAGAUCAUUCAGGAGGUCAAGGCUGAUAUGACCCUGAAGGCCAGUGUCUUCAUCGGAAUGGACACCAGAUACACAAGUCCUCGCUUGGCUGCAGCGGCGGCGAAUGGCGUGAUAGCUCUGAAGGGGACCCCGAAAGAGUUCGGCAUAGUCACCACACCCAUGUUGCACUUCUUCGUCAAAUGCCGCAAUGACAACUCUUACGGGACUCCCACCGAAGAAGGAUACUACGAGAAAAUCAUAGGCGCGUACAAAAACAUGCGCAAGAGUCUACCAACUAAAGGGGAUUACUCCCCCUGUUUGUACGUAGAUGGCGCUAACGGCGUGGGGGGUAAGAAACUAAAGAAUGUAAAGAAAAACUUCGACGAAGAGGAGCUUGAACUACAUCUGUUUAAUUUGGGCGGUUCUGGAGAAAAACUUAAUUUGGGUUGCGGCGCGGACCAUGUGAAAGUGACGCAGACUCCCGCUAAAGGUAUACCGAGCACGCCGUACCAACGGAUCGCAUCUCUCGAUGGGGAUGGAGACCGAUUGGUGUACUAUUAUACUGAUGACAAGGACAAAAUGCACCUAUUAGACGGCGACCGUAUAGCCACGUUGCUAGCUUCCUACAUCACGGAGUUACUACAGCGCUGCGAGACUACUGAGGUGCAGCUCGGCAUCGUGCAGACUGCGUACGCUAACGGGGCCUCUACCAAAUAUAUCACUGAUACACUUAAAAUCCCAGUCCAGUGCGUAAAGACCGGAGUGAAACACUUACACAGCGCGGCACACAAGUACGACAUCGGAGUGUACUUCGAGGCCAACGGACACGGGACUGUACUCUAUAGCAGUAAGGCCAAGAAUGUCAUCAGCAGGAUAGCUAGGGAGGGAGACCCAGAACCGCGUGAAGCAGCGAAGUUACUAAGUCAAUUCAUAGAGAUGACGAACGAGACGGUGGGCGAUGCGAUAUCGGACCUGCUCCUGGUGGAGACUGUGCUCUGUGCGCGAGGCAUCUCCGCCCUGCAGUGGAUGCAGCUGUACACCGACCUGCCGUGUAGGCAACUCAAAGUUACUGUCGCGGACCGCAACGCCAUUCAGACGACAGACGCGGAGCGCCAGUGCACCAGUCCCGAAGGUCUUCAGCAACGUAUCAACGAGCUGGUGGCCAAGUACCCGAGCGGCCGGGCCUUCGCCAGGCCUUCCGGGACUGAGGAUAUUGUCAGGGUCUAUGCUGAGGCUGAGAGCCAACUGGAGGCAGAUACAUUAGCAGCGGAGGUAUGUCAGGCAGUGUUCGACCUCGCCGGCGGAGUCGGCGCCCGGCCCGAGCUGCCCGCCACGCAGGAGUAACACGCUACUAGAUACAAUAAGUCUGUAAACUAACUGACAUAGUCACUGGUGUUAGGAUUUAAAAUGGGAUAUUUGUCAUGUAUUUUUCUUUAAUAUUUUAUUAACAUUUGGUUCUGUGUCGUCGGUAUGUUGACACACAUUUGAAUAUAUAUGCACAUUUGCACGUCACGCCUAAUCCUACAAUAAUAAUUUGGAGAUGUUUUUGUUCAUUUCCCAUAAUCAAACAAAUGACGGGUUAAAAGCCAGCAGAAACUUAGGUCAUGAUCGCGCCUGGUUAAAACUUGCUAUAUAAUUAUGUCUUCUACAGCGUAUAAAGGAUGAUACCACGUUUAGUUUUUGGUUAGUCAUGCAUGACAGUCAAAAGUCAAAAAUUUAUUUCAAAUAGACCAGGAGGGCACUUUUGAACGUCAAAGCAAAUAUAAUAAUAUUAACGAUGUCGGUCAGUCCUCUAGUUAAGCUAUUUGCUUGUUCCAAAUUGUAGAUUCCUAUGGGGAAGAACGAGCAGUAAACUCCAUAGGUUACUCUUUUUCAAUCAGAUUUUUUGGCAUCUAAGUACCAAUAAUAAUCAAAAACAAAAGUCCAUGUUGAGUAUCCCAUUAUAAAUUCUAAUAUUACAUUAUUAUUUUAAUAUUGUUAUCACAACAGAACAAAUAAUUAUUAAUUGAUUGGCGUUAUAUCACAAUUUUACUUUGUAACUGCUGCACUCAGAGACAUUUAAUGAUUACUUAAACUGUUUCUUAGUAACGAUUUUGUUCCCCUAAGGGUUAAGUAAACAUUAAAUGACUCUGAGUACGGUGGUAAGUCUUUAGGUUUAUUCAUAGUUGUGUUUUAAGUAAAAAAUUGGUUGUUCUUUUUGGUUGUUAAACUUGUUUUGUGAAACUUUGUCUUGCUUUUGUCUUGUCUUCAAGUAUUUUCUUUUUCUUAAGUAAAUUAGAUCUAAACUAGAUUUGGCUAUAUGACACAUGUGUGAGUAUAUACAUAUUUAUGCAUGAACGUGCAUUAUAAUGAAAUUGUACCUUAUCUAUUUUUUUUUAAAUCUUAGUGAACUUUUCAGACGUCUGUCGUCUUGUACAAAUUAUAGGUUGAAGUUGACUUCUGCCUACCCCUUCUGGGAGUUACAAGUGUGAUGUUAUGAUGUGGUGAAUAAAUCUAAAGACAGAAAUAUAUUGACUUAUCGGAAUUGUUAGUUAUUGGUAUAAAUAUGAAAUUUCUAAAAAUUCGCCAUGCGAUUGUUAAAAUAAAUAUUCUCUUUGAAAUUAAUCGAUGCGAAGGAAGUAUAUUGUAAAAUUAUGUAUAAAUAUUAUUAUUAUAAUGAUAAUCAUUAAUUAAUUUUAUUACUUAUACAGUUUAAUACAAUUAAUUUUAUAAUUAACUUAGUUUUUUAGUUUAAUUUUCCAGUCAUACAUAUAAAGGAUCAUUUAUAAAUUAUGUCACGCGAUGGGACAAUCAUGAAAAUUGAUUGAAAAUUUCGUUAAACGUAUAGCAAACUCGCACCAAGGGUACAUUGUCGACCUGAAAAAAAGAACGAUAAUUUACAAAAAGUAAACAUCAUACAUUUUGACUUCAUACGAGGACAAUAUAAGUUUGACAGACGUUUUUACACAUGUUAAUGUCAGACGAGGGUUAUGAAAUGCUUGGCAGGGACAGUCUCAAAAGUGUGACGUAAUUUAUAUUGUACCCUAACGCGACGUCCUGCGCGAGCGAUCAAGACGCGAAAACAACAAACUGUUAAAAUGUAUUGACGUGGCCUACGUCUCCAACCGCAAUUUGCUUCAUAUUUUCACGCGAACUGGGCAUGGUACCGUCAUAUUUUUGUUUAUAAUAUCCAAAACAGAAACAAAACGAAACGAUUCACAUGCACGUAGGACAUAGCCGCCGCGUCACACCGCAUCGCAUUGAAUUCGCGUGUCACCGCACCGCUUCGCGUUCGCUUCUAGAUCGCUCACGCACGCGUCGCGAAUUCGUUUCAGUACAACGCACUGCUAGUCGUAUUGGUUUAUUUAAGUGCGUGGUUCGGACCAAUGUUUUAUACUCUUUUUUUUUUUAUUUGCAAAGAUCUUUUCAUUAACCAGUGUUGGCUGGGCAACAAAUGGUAGUGGAUUGUGACGUCAUUUUUCAUUUAUACAUGAUUGAUUGACGUACUAUGUAGACUAAUGUUUGCAGCGAGACGCAUGUUUGAUUUUCAUAUGCAACUUUAUUUUGAUUUUAGCAAAUAUAAUUACUAAUUUUUAAAAUCAAUAGUCAAUAUUUUGUCGCAAAAUAUAAGCGUAAACAAAUUAAUGCUUAAAAAGCUUAAAAAUCUUUAAAAAUUUUCUAUCAAAAAUUGUAGUGACAUAGAAAGUACUGAGUUUGUACCUUAUUAGUAUUACAGCGUUCAUUGAUUUUUGAACCUCAUGUCUAUUGUGUUAUGGUUGAUUUUACAUCGGCUAUCAUUUGUUGCGUAGAGACGAAGCUUUAAAGACUAUAGUUAAGCUCUCUUGCUCAUACAUGCGCAGGUGCUAAUUAAAAAAAAAGUUUCAGAAAAAUCUUAUUUUUAAAAUAUAUUAAUAAUAUGUAUAAAAAAUAAUAUAAUUUACUAAAUCAUAACAUAGCGAAAAACUUUAAAAGGAGUUUUUUUUAUUAAAAAGCUAAGCUUAACUUUUUAUUUAACUUAUGUACCUACUCCUUUUAAAUUGAAAUUAUGUAUUUUGUAUUAUAAUAUAAUAUUGGAGUAAUAAAAUCUGAAAUUUUAUAUACUUAGCUCGGUUAGGGCUAAGUUUAUUUGGCUUUAAGUGUAAAUAGUAAUGACAAAUUACCAUUUGGCACCACCAUUAUUUAUCACCAAUUCGGUGAACCUACCGAAUUGCAAAAAAUAAUUACACAUAGAUACAUAUUUGAAAAAGUAUAUUUAUCGUAAUCAGAUGGCCUGAUUAAGAUUGCAGAGAGCCGAUUGUACACACAACAUACAAUUUUUAUUCAUUUUCAAAACGCAUGUCCAUGUAUUGUCCAUGAGCGGUGCUUACCAUCAGGUGAUGUUGAUUACCCGUAUGCUCGUUUGUCCGCUAUUCCAUGAAAAAAAUGCUGUAUUUAGUUUCAGUUCAUUUUGUCAUUACUAUUUACUCUUGCAAGUCAGUGAAAUACAAAAAUAAAAUCAUUAUAAUAAUAAGUCCCUUGUCCAAUAAAUAAUAAAAUGUAGAAGUAAAAUGUAAUUCCA